CCAUCCCUGAUGACUUGGAUGGGGCUUGGUUGAAACUUUAUGCCACGUAAAAACCCUGGUAAUUAUAUAAACAAAUUGUACCCAGCGAUCUCUGAAUCUCUUCAAAAUGCAGCUCCUUUUCCUCUGUACAUUCAUUUUUAAAUAAAGGAUGCAAAUAACUUUUCCUGAUAUUUUAAUAAAGGCUCAUAAGGUUUCAGUACCGUAAAAAUGGACGCACGCAUUUUACUGUUUUAUUGGAGUACAAAGAUAUUUUGGUUAUUGCACUGGAAAGAUCUCAGAAUAGAUGGAAUUCUGGGUUUGGAGCCACAAGCCAACUGAUCUGUUGUGUGAAUCACUUUUCUUUCUUUGCUCCAGGUUCCAGUGCAGUGGUCUGAUAUGAUCACACUGAAAGCUAGGAUGACCAAUUACGGCCUACCUAGGUACCAGUGGCUGACCCAUGCUUGGAAUUUCUUUCAGAGGGAGUUUAAAUGUUGUGGGGUGGUGUACUUCACAGACUGGCUGGAAAUGACAGAGAUGGACUGGCCGCCUGACUCCUGUUGUGUCAGAGAAUUCCCAGGAUGCUCUAAGCAGGCACAUCAUGAGGACCUAAGUGACCUUUAUCAGGAGGGAUGCGGUAAAAAGAUGUACACUUUUUUGAGGGGAACAAAGCAAUUGCAAGUGCUGAGAUUUCUAGGAAUCUCUAUUGGAGUUACGCAGAUCCUGGCUAUGAUCCUCACUAUUACUUUACUGUGGGCUCUGUACUACGACAGAAAGGAUCCCGGAGCGGGUCAGAUGAUGGCCCUGAAGAAUGAUACCUCGCAGCAGCUGUCAUGUCAUUCCGUGGAGCUACUGAAACCAAGCCUGACAAGAAUCUUUGAACACACAUCCAUGGCAAAUAGCUUUAAUACACACUUUGAAAUGGAAGAGCUAUAGGUGAUGCAAUGAAUCUGAGAAGUU